UUGCUUACAAAGAGUCUCUUUCCUGGAGGGUUGUCUUGCCUUGGGAGGGAUAUAUAGUACGUGAUUCAGCCGGGCGGUCCAUGAGCUGUCGACUGUGAAAGAGUUGGUUCACAAGUACUUACCCUCCGUGGCUAGUUCUUUCUUGUCCCCAGCGAAGCGCAAUCGAGCGUCUUUUUCAACACCCAGGCAACUCUCCGAGAAGAGACCUCGACCACAUUGCCAUGGCAGUUUUUCCAGAAAAAAGAGUCCGUGCCGCAGACCACUGCCCCUAUCCCACAGAUAUCCGUUGAACGACAGCGUGCCGCUGCUCACGACCAUGCGCUCAAUGUUGGAGCCCCGCUUGAAGAGCAGCGGCAAGGAAAGGAGCCUCUCAAGGCGAAGACUGUCCUGUAUCUUGCCUAUGGGUCGAACAUGAGCUCCAAGACCUUCCGGAACACCCGCAAGAUCGUGCCCAUAUCGCAGCUCAAUGUCUGUGUGCCGGAUCUCACGCUCACUUUUGAUCUGCCGGGAGUCCCGUACUUCGAACCGUGUUUUGCCGCGACCCAGUAUCGAGACCCUGUCACCGGCGAACCAAAGUAUCCCAAUGGCCAUUUCACACAUCAGGUUGACGGGCGAGACAAUGACGAGGCCGACGACGACGAGAGAGGAGCGUUGCUGCGAUCCGACGACUCCGCUCUUGACGACACCAACGUCUGGCGCAAACCGCUCGUCGGCGUGGUCUACGAAGUCACGCUUUCGGACUACGCCCGGAUCAUAGCCACGGAAGGCGGAGGCUCGUCGUACAUCGACGUCGUGGUGGACUGCUACCCGUUUCCCGCCGACUUCAAUCCCUCUGACCCCGUCCCCAACCAUCCUUCAACGAUCCCCUUUCGCGCACACACGCUCCUCGCCCCGGCCCGGGAUACUGCCAACGCCUGCGGCAAGACGGGGAGUAACAAUGGCAACUCUCAUCUGGUCCGUCACCCCACGUAUGCCCAGCCUUCUCCACGCUAUAUGUCCCUCCUCGUCACCGGCGCGAAGGAGCAUAACCUGCCCGACUCUUACCGCACAUAUCUCUCCUCUCUCCACGCAUAUCGCAUCACCUCACGCCGGCAGCGUCUGGGCCAAGUAUUGUUGUGUCUGCUCUGGGUGCCGUCAUUGCUCCUUGUCAUGACUCUUGCUAGGAUACUGGCUGAUAACAGGGGAAGGGCACCCGGGUGGCUGGCCAAGCUGCAGAGGGGCCUGUUUGGGAGUAUCUGGUGGACGUAUGAUGUGAUUUUUAGGAAGGUGUUUGGUGAUGGGGAGAGGACUGCUGGGACGUAGUAUACAGAUGAAAGAGGUGGCUAGAUUGAGCACGUUCAAGCUAUACGGAGUAUGGGAGAGUUGUAAAUUUACGGUGGAAAGCCAUACCAACCCUUUGUGAUACCUACUAUAGACUAAUUUUUUUUUGUGUACUUUUGCAGCGCUAGACUUGGAUAGAGUGUGAUACAAUAUAACUUGCGCCAGAGCUUUUACGGUAGCUUCCAACUAAAUACCAUAUAUUCUAUUCUUUGCU